AUGGUCUUGCAAGUCGAGCUAAUUCCUGUCUUGUCCGAUAAUUACGCCUACCUUCUCAUUGACUCUACCAAUCAUGUGGCAGCGGCAGUUGAUCCCGUGGAUGCCCAGAAGGUUUAUACUCGUGCCAAAGAGCUUCAAGUUGACAUUUCCAUGAUCCUCACCACUCAUUCACACUGGGACCAUGCCGGUGGAAAUUCAGACCUUGUUAACCUGAUUCAGAAGAAGGAGAAGCGUCAAAUUCAGGUCAUUGGUGGACCGGGAAGUGCUGUGGAAGCCCAGACUCACUCCGUUACUGAUGGAGACGUGUUACAGCUUGGGGAUCUAAAUAUCAACGUCUACUAUACUCCGUGUCACACUCGUGAUCACGUGCUGUACCAUUGCCGAGACGCACUGUUUACUGGCGACACGCUGUUUGUUGCUGGAUGUGGAAGAUUCUUUAGUGGAACUCCAGCGGAGAUGCACUACGCUCUGAACGAAGUGGUGGCCAAGUUACCAGAAGAAACAAAGAUUUACUGUGGCCAUGAGUAUACUGCAAGCAAUUUACGCUUUGCUGCACACGUGGAACCAGACAACGAAGCGGUGCAGAGAAAACUGGCAUGGGCUAUUGAGAAAACAGAGGCGAAGGAGCCUACCGUUCCGUCGACAGUGAAGGAGCAGUUGGCGUUGAAUCCGUUCAUGCGAGUGGAGGAAGCUACGGUGCAGCAGUUUGCAAAUGGAGAGAAAGAUCCCGUAGAGGUGAUGAGGAUUGUGCGUGCUGCCAAGGACAAGUUUGUGAUUGGAAAGUAG